GGGGUUUCUUUGUUUUUCUUUUGUGUAUUAUUUCCACAACCUUCAGCUUUAACCAUUUACCGCCCCCCUACCGAGAAGGAGAAGAAGGAUCUGUGUCGCAUUCACUGCUCAUCGUCAUGUCGCAGGUCGAUAACAGAAAUUCGUCAGCUGCUAAGCGUGCCAGGACUGAUGGUAGUCGGAGGGAAGACGAUUGGACUUGCCCUAGCUGUGGCAAUGUCAAUUUCUCUUUCAGGACAACAUGUAAUAUGCGUAAUUGCACUCAACCAAGGCCAGCUGAUCAUAAUUCAAAAUCUGCUGCCAAGCCUCUACAAGCUCCUCAGGGUUAUUCAUCCUCAGCUCCUUAUUUAGGUUCUAAUACUCCCUCUUCUAUAUAUCUUGGUGUCCCACCAUAUGGGUCGUCUCUCUUCAAUGGAUCAUCUAUUCCUCCCUAUGAUGUUCCAUUUUCUGGAGGAUCAGCAUAUCACUACAAUUAUGGCAGUCGCCUUUCUGCUGGCAGUCCUUAUAGACCAUUGCAUUUAUCUGGACCUACACCCUACACCAGUGGAUCCAUGAUUGGAAAUGGUGGGAUCUAUGGCAUGCCCCAACUUCUGGAUCGGUAUGGCCUGGGUGUGCCUAUUGGACCUGGAACGAUGGGCGCUAGGCCAGGAUUUUUUCGUGAUGAUAAGUCUCAGAAAAAGGGUGCAGAUGCGACUCGGGACAAUGACUGGACAUGUCCAAAAUGUGGUAACGUCAAUUUCUCAUUCAGAACUGUCUGCAACAUGAGAAAGUGCAACACACCCAAACCUGGAUCCCAGGCCUCAAAGUCUGACAAAAAUUCUAAGCAAAAGAUGCCUGAGGGAAGCUGGAAGUGCGAAAAGUGUAAUAACAUAAACUACCCGUUCAGAACCAAGUGCAACAGACAGAAUUGUGGUGCUGACAAACCAACUGAAUCAGAAAAAUCUCCUUCUCCAGUUGCGGAUCAAAAUGAUCAGUGAGUACUAGGACAUGUUUGAGGUUUGAGAAGGUCCAGAGUUGUCAUCAAGCAUUGCUCAAUUUGGGUGUCUGACAGUCAGUCUUGUCGUCCUCUAUGUUGCAGCAGUUGUCAAGUCACUCACCUUCUAAUUAUAUGUGUCAAGUUGUUGUAUUAACUGAGAUGGUAUUUUGGUCAUUGUGGAUUGUUAUGAUGCAUGUGUCAGCCAGCUUUCCUGGCAGAAAGGUUACUGCAGGUUCCAGUUUUAAGUUGUUUGUUUUUGGUUCUUAACUGUCUGUGUUUAAGUAUUACUUUAGAUAAAUAGAUGCCUUAAAAGCAUGUGAAGAUUCCAAGUUUUUAGUAAGGUCUCAUUUUAGUUUUGGGUAGUUGAGAAAGUGUCGUCUUGCUAUCCUACCACUUUUAGAAUGUGUUCAUCCGCAUUGCAAAAGCCAUUUUCUUUCGUGGUCAUUGCUUAUAGCUUCAUGGAUGAUUCACGUCGUGUCAUUGAAUUAAAAUUGACCGUAGAUUUUUAGUUGAUUGUGGACUAUUUACACGGUCAUUUAGAUAAGCACUCCUUGCCGAUCAUAUCAGGUUUUUGGUAGUCCUUUAUAUGGUCAUUAGUCGGAGUGCUGAUGUUGAAGUUCCUGGUAUCUUGGCCGAUAUUUUGUUCCCUUGCCUGUCCCUCAUUGACAAUAUUCUAGAAAGUUGAUUAGAAAUUUGUUAGUGUGGACCUUAAAAAAUGUGAAUGUCAAGUGGGUAACUCGUGUCUACUUGGAAUUAUUCUCUGGUACCAUAGUACCCGAAUUUGUGGAGAAAUCAGUUUCAUAAUUUAUGAAACUCGUAUCACAUUAGUGAUACUGUAUCUUUGCUUAGCCCCCAAGGACUAAUUUGGUAUGGAUUUUGUAAAUUUAAAGAAUAACGUGAAUACAUAAAUAAAUUCAAAGAUUAAAAAAGAGAUAAUUUCAAGGACUUGGAUUUCUAUAAGUAUUCACCAGAGUACUGCGCCACACGAAGCAGAGAAUGAUUGGGAAGAGAAGUAACUCGAUAUUGUAGUCCGAAGAAGCUUUUUGUUCUACGAGGGUACAUUGGACAGCAAUGGAUCGAAAAGGUAGACUUUCUUGACGAACGACUUGGUAGAAAUUUUUCUAGGUGUUCAUUAUUGGUAUCGUUUCGUUAUCGGCAUUUUUGUAUUAAAAUUUAGUUCUAUUUGCUUAAUUUUAAGGAUUAAAUUUUGC